GUGAUGCCAAGCACAGCCAUGAAGAAAAAGGUGCUGCUGAUGGGUAAAAGUGGGUCUGGGAAGACCAGCAUGAGGUCCAUUAUCUUUGCGAACUACAUCGCCAGGGACACGCGGCGCCUGGGUGCCACAAUUGAUGUGGAGCACUCCCAUGUUAGAUUUCUAGGAAACCUGGUAUUGAACCUCUGGGACUGCGGAGGACAGGACACCUUCAUGGAGAACUACUUCACCAGUCAGCGGGACAACAUCUUCCGCAACGUAGAAGUCCUCAUCUAUGUCUUUGAUGUAGAGAGCCGUGAACUAGAGAAGGACAUGCACUACUAUCAGUCAUGCUUGGAGGCAAUUCUUCAGAACUCUCCUGAUGCAAAAAUCUUUUGUCUAGUGCACAAGAUGGACUUGGUGCAGGAGGAUCAGCGAGAUUUGAUUUUUAAAGAGCGCGAGGAAGACUUGAAGCGCCUUUCCCGUCCCUUGGAAUGUGUUUGUUUUAGAACUUCCAUCUGGGAUGAAACACUUUACAAGGCUUGGUCCAGUAUAGUCUAUCAGCUGAUCCCCAAUGUCCAGCAGCUGGAAAUGAACCUGCGGAACUUUGCUCAGAUCAUCGAGGCAGAUGAAGUGCUUCUGUUUGAGAGAGCCACGUUCCUGGUCAUUUCUCACUAUCAAUGCAAAGAACAGCGGGAUGUCCACAGAUUUGAGAAAAUCAGCAACAUUAUUAAACAAUUCAAGCUAAGUUGCAGUAAGCUGGCAGCUUCUUUCCAGAGCAUGGAGGUCAGGAACUCUAACUUUGCUGCUUUCAUUGACAUCUUUACAUCAAACACAUACGUGAUGGUGGUCAUGUCAGACCCUUCAAUACCUUCUGCGGCUACGCUGAUCAACAUCCGCAAUGCCAGAAAACACUUUGAGAAGCUGGAGAGGGUGGAUGGACCAAAGCACAGCCUGCUCAUGCGCUGAAUGUUGGCCAAGGCACAUGGUCUUUGGGGGGAGAAAAAAUGAAUUGGAACUACUUAUUUUUAGGAGAAUCUAACAAUGUCGGUGUCUUUGUUGGGCUUUGAAAUGAGUGUGCUGCUUUAUUUUUUCUCCUUUUAACGUUGGACACUAGUCACUCGGAGGAUGUCUGGAUACGCUGUGGACCUUCAAAAGAGACUUCCCUGGUGUACGUGGUGUUGGGAAGAAGUAAGGACAGGUGAUGGGCACGUGGUCUCGUACUCUGGUUGUCACUGCGGCACGUGGCAGAGCCAUUUCGGAUGUUUUGCUCCUGAGUGAUCAUAUAAGUCACAGGAAUGGAAUAUUUACUGUUUUAUUGGUUGGUCGCUAGAAUAUGUUUAUAAAUUUCUCCUUGUCUUCAGUCAUGAAAAUAAAUUUUUGCUACCAGGGAUUUCAGACCCUAGAGCUUUGGA